ACACCCACCACAUAUCAACGCUGUGACUCUAGAUAGAUCUGUGGGUAUAAUUUGCUAUUAGAAUACCAUAGUAUUGCUUUCAUUGCAGAAAACCCAAUUGUUUCUUCUUCUUCUUCUCUCAUGGAUGAAUCUGUUAGGAGAAAACCCAUUUCUUCUUCUUCAUCUGCUCUUAUGGAUGAAUCUGGUAGGAGAAAACCCAUGUCUUCUUCAUUGAUGGAUGAAUCUGGUAGGAGAAAACCCAUGUCUUCUCCAUUGAUGGAUGAAUCUGGUAGGAGAAAACCCAUUUCUUCUUCUUCUUCCUCGAUGGAUGGAUCUACCAGGAGAGAACCCAUCACUGGUUUAGGCCUGAAUGAUGCAGAACAGAAGACUGGUGGACGUAUUAAAAAAGCUCAUGAGAAUUUGAAGGCUCCAAGACCCAAUUCCAUGGCUACACCAGCUGCUAAGCUCGAUGACUUCAAACACCACAUAUCUGGCAGAAAUCAUCAGAAUCUAAAGAUGCCAAUCAUUCAUGACUUGGAUGUUGAUAAAUCGGCAGAUGAUUUCAUCAACAGUUUUCGUCAGAAUUUGAAGAUUGAGAGAACGGAGUCCAUGGAUGAAUAUAAGGGCAUGCUUGACAGAGGUGUUUGAUGAUGAUAAUAAAUAGUUGUGGAUCUGACUAUUGUUUUUUUUUAUAUCUUGAAACCCUUGUACUACUAUGCAUCUGUUUUGUUUUAAUAAUGUCACAGGCACAUGGAUUGUUGGCUUGGUGCUCUAAAUGUCAUGGGAGAAAUACAUCAUUUGCUCCCAGUGGCAUUUAUUCAAAUUAUUAGUCUGUUUCCAGGUUUGUGCUGUAACGGGUCCAUGUUUUGCAGUUUUAGGUAAAAGAAAGUCAGAAGCUCAAUAUAACAUUGAAGUGUAUGGUAUUGGGCAUUAUGGUGCUCAAUCCAUUGGGCUGAGCUUUUGUAUUAUGGUGCAGGAUAUUUUUUGGGAAAAAAUAUGUCAAAGAUUGGUUGUAUCAGUAGACAAUCGGAAAAAAAUAAUGUUCUCUAAUUUAGAAAUAUUUGAAUAUCUUUAAUUA